AUUUAUUGAGGAUGAGGAUGGCAAUGACUCUGUUAUGGUCUGUUCUUGUUUCCGACUGCUGGAGAAUUUGAACCUGACGUGUUCAGUGGGGCACCUUCUCACAGAGACUGUCUCGGCCCAUCAGAAGGUGUUUCAUUCAGGGUCUGGCUCUUUGGUCUUCCUGGCUGGAGCAUGGAGCAAGACUGCGCUGGAGUGCCUUCAUCAAGGCAUCUCUAUCCCCUGCAUCUUAUCUGCCAUGUCCGAAGGCCUGGAAAUCUGCUUACAGCAAUGCAAAGACAAAGCUGUUCCCGUGGACACUCUUUUUCAUUUAGGGGUGGCACAGAAUAUAUUAGAACCCCACAGUAAAGAUUUCCCAUUUUCAAGGGAGGGUUCGCUCCCAGAAAAAUGUUCUAUAUCUGACUGUGGAGUGAGUCCAAACCUGUUGACCCAGCUCUCUCGUCUGGGCAACCCAGAGGCUGCAAACAGACAGACUGGCACGCAAGGAGCCAAGGUGGUCAGAAGCAAAAUAAAACUCACGCACAGCAGACAUUUCACCUCAAACGACACCACUGACUCUGAAAGACCCAUAAACAAGUCAGUGUCACGACAGAACAGCCUCAAACACACAGACAUGAACAGAGUCGCUGCGGCUCUGUCACAUGGCUGUCACAAAGCAAUGGACUUAGUCUUGCAGGCCAGCAGGAUUCAGUCGAGCAUGGGCGGCCUUCAUAACUCACGUAGGAUGUUUGAUGUCAGUAAGCUGAACACAUGUCCACUGCCUGGAGUCCCAGAGGAUCAGGCCUGUGUAUUGUCUGGCUACGUGACCCUGCUGUCUGAUGAACAGGCUUCACUUGCCACACGCCUAGAGAAAGACAUGAUGUGCCUUGCGCUUCUAAAUGGAGACUUGAAUGAAAAAUAUCGACACCUGGGUUUCAACAGGCCAGCUGGUGGGGUCCAGCAUGUGACGGAUAAAUUGGAUGUUCAUGCCAUGAGUCGGGAACAGGAGUGGCUGAACAGUGCCUUAGCCAGUUUGGUGAAGUAUAACAUCAGCGUUGCUCUGGUGACUGGUGUGGCCUCCAAACAACUCGCAGACGAGUGCAGCCGGCACGACAUUUUGCUGAUCGAACGGGUGAGACCCGUCGUCUUGCACGAGUUUGCCAGGACGACCGGAGCCGUGCCCGUCACCUACAUCACCCAGCUGAACCAGAGGUGUGUGGGCUCGGGGGUGCGUCUGCAGGUGUGGAGGGAGUACCACACGGGGAAGGUAGAGGAGUACACGGCUGUGAGUGUCACAGCGGAUCACCUGACCCUGGUGACUGCAGUGAUUGGCAGCUCGGUGCACGGCAAGGUGCAGUCGCUGGAGGAUCGCUUCUGGGGAUGCGCCCAACGCCUGCAGCACGCGCUGAAUGAAAUACAGCUGCUGCGAGGAGGGGGCCUGACGGAGAUGCACUGUAUACAAGAACUUCAGAAACAUGCAGAUUGCUCCAGUAAGAGGAGUGAAGAGAAACGCCAGAAGGAGCCGUAUGUGGGAACGGUACUCCAGCUGAUGGCAGAUGGCUUGUUGGACUAUGUGUCCACCCUUCUGUGUAACAGUGGACAGGUUUUGUCCAAGGCAGACGCCUGGACUGAAAUCAGUAAGGGGUUCAAAGAUCCUGAGCGAGAUUUGGGACAUUUUGAAAAAAUACUGGAUCUGGGUGUUAUAAACGGUGGAGAAUGUUUAGGCUCAGUUUGUGAGCAGGAGAGGGUGUAUGAUAAUCUGACUGUAAAGACGGAGGCCUGGAGACGAGCUCUAGAUCUUGUCUUCCUGGUUCUUCAGACUGACUGUGAAAUAAUAACUGGCGUUAAUGCUGAACUUGAAGAUGACUUACAAUCAAAAGGUUUCUUGAUUCUUUGAAAACGUGUAUGGUAUCCAAGUGAGCAUUUAUUUUUGUAAGAUUUUUUUGCCCUGAAUACUUGCACUACUGCAGUUUUUUAAAAAAAUUCAAUCCACCGUUUUGGAACUUCACUCUUUUCAACAUGAAGAUGCUAUUGUAAGUACUAUUGAAUGGUUAACUUUUUGGUUAAUGAUUAAAUUUGUUGUUAUGUACUGGUUUCCGAUCUGUGGUCCUGAAGCUGACUGAUAAAUCUUUGAGAGUUUGUUGUUCAGUC